UAAACUCGAGCAUGGAUUCUGGACCGUACACUGUUUUAUUUAAAAAAAUAUUUUAAAUUCUCAAAACUUUUGAAAUUCUAAUUUUCACACUGUUGAUCCAGGUCGUUGAAAAGAUUGGCGAGGAGUCUAUUAUUUCAUUGCCUCUCAAUCACCUCUUUCUUCCAAAGAACGCCGCGACCACCAGAGAAGAGAGUGAGCUGAUUCAGGAUAGGAGUAGUUAUGGCUGAGGAAGUUGUAUCGUCCGUAAAUGGAAUGCAGAAACUCUUGGGCGUCGUGAAUCGAGAAACUAAGCGAUUGCGUGGAGUUCACGAGCAAGUUGAUGAUUUAAUACGUCAGAAGAGAGCGCUACAAUCAUUUUUGGAAGAUGCAGAUGCCAAGAAAUAUGGGUGUGAAAGAUUGAGAAACCUCUUGGAAGAUGUCAAGGACGUUAUUGAGGAUGCUGAAGCUACAGAAGAUUCCUAUCUAUUGAAAGAACGUAGUAGAGAAGAAAAAGGGAUCAUGACGUGUGUGAAAAGAAAUUCUUUCUUCUUAUAUAAUCGCCUGAAAUUUGCUACACAUAUUGAAGGCAUAAAUAAGAGAAUCUCUAAGCUGAUUGCCCAAAUGUGUGAUUUUCGAAUACACAAGAUCAUCGAUGGUGACUGUUCAGUGUCUUCGCAAGAGAGACAAAGGGUGCAACGGGAGACCCAACAAACCUUUCGUCCAAGUUCUGAAAACAAUCUCGUGGGAGUGGAACAAAGUGUUAAAACACUGGUUGGUCACUUGGUGGAUAACAAUGAUGACAUCCAAGUGGUUUCCAUAUCCGGAAUGGGUGGUAUUGGUAAAACAACACUAGCCAAACAAGUUUUUCAGCAUGUUGAUGUCCGACGUCAUUUUAAAGGAUUUGCAUGGAUCUAUGUUUCGCAAGAGUUCACUCAAAAGAACAUUUGGCAAAGGGUAUUGCAAGAUCUUAGACCACUUGAUGGAGACGUUAAACAGAUGGAUGAGUGUACUCUUCAAGGAAAACUCUGUGAAUUAUUGGAAACGUCAAGAUAUUUGAUUGUCCUCGAUGAUGUAUGGAAAGAUGAAGCUUGGGACAGAAUCAAAGCGGCGUUUCCCCUAAAAAGAGGUGGUUCUAAGGUGAUACUUACUUCUCGCAAUGAAGGUGUGGGUUUACACGCAGAUCCAACAUGUUUUCCCUUUAGACCAAGAACCCUUACCCUCGAAGAAAGUUGGCAGCUGUGUAAGAGCAUAGUAUUCCCUAAACAAGAUGCAACUGAAUUUGUUGUUGAUGAAGAACUAGAAGCCAUGGGUAAGAAAAUAAUGCUCACACAUUGUGGAGGACUACCUUUGGCCGUUAAAGUGCUAGGAGGCUUGUUAGCUAAGAAACCUACGGUUUCUGAAUGGGAAAAAGUAUGUGACAAAGUUGCACGAGAAUCUGUUUAGAUGAAAACCACCAUUCGGGAAAGUGGGGAAGACUAUCUCGAAGAGCUUGUAACGAGAAAUAUGGUUACAGUUGUAAAAAGCAAUUCGAGUUGGGAGACUCAUUUCCCUAAAGACUACAAAAUGGACGUUGAGGAAUUAUUCACAAACUGGGGUGCAGAAGGAAUAAUAAAGUCAGUUUGCAAUGGAGCGACCAUUCAAGAAAGUAAAGAAGACUACCUUGAAGACCUAGUUAGGAGAAAUAUGGUCACUAUUGUAAAUAGCUAUUCGAGCUGGGGAUCGGGUUACUGUCAGAUGCAUGACAUCAUGAGAGAAGUAUGUUUAUUAAAAGCCAAAGAAGAGAACUUUGUUGACUUCAUCAACGCACAUACUUCCACCACUACCAUCAAUGCUCACAUUCCUAGCAGAUCUCGAAGACUCGUUGUACAUGGUGGCAGUGCACUCCAUAUGCUGGGACGUAAAAAAAAUAAAAGGGUUAGAUCUAUUUUGUGUUUUGGAGCUGAGGGAAACUUGUGGAAGCAGUCAUCUCGAGGAUUCCGAAGUUUACCAUUACUCAGGAUGUUAGAUCUGAAUGGAGCCAAGUUUAAAGGAGGGGAGUUACCUUCCAGUAUUGGGAAGCUCAUCCACUUGAGAUUCUUGAGUUUACGCGGGGCUUGCGUAUCUAAACUAUCUCAUUCCCUAGGGAACCUAAAGUUUCUGCUCUAUUUGAACUUGUGCGUCAAUCAGGUAGUUCAUGUCCCAAAUGUUUUAAAAGAGAUGCUAGAGUUGAGGUACCUUUUGCUACCAGCUUUUAUGGACGAUAAAACGAAGUUGGAAUUGGCUGCUCUAGUAAAGCUGGAGACGUUGUGGUAUUUCCCAACGAAAAACAUCAGUGUGACAGACCUUCUAUGUAUGACUAGGCUCAGGACUCUCCGUGUAUAUCUCAAUGGUGGGUGUACUUCUGAAACACUAUCUUCAUCUCUUCGUGGAUUAAGUAAGCUGGAGCAGUUUACUUUAGUUGCUUCUGACAAAACACAUGUUUAUAACGGGGGAGAUUUCACUAGGGACUGCAAUCGUCUAAAGAGUUUAACGCUGGUCAUGCAUAUGCCAAGGUCUCUUGAGCAAGAUCAAUUCCCUCCUUUACUUGCACACAUAUGUCUGCAAUAUUGCAGGAUGGAGGAGGAUCCAAUGCGGGUUCUUGAAAAGCUGCUUCAUCUGGAGUCGGUUGAUUUAUCAGAUAGUUGCUUCGUCGGGAGGAGAAUGGUGUGCUCGGAAUCUGGAUUCCCUCGGUUAUGUGCUCUACAAAUAUCUAAACAAGAAGAAGUGGAAGAGUGGAUAGUAGAAGAAGGGUCGAUGCCAUGUCUUCGUACUUUGACUAUAGAGAAAUGUGAAAAGUUGAAGGAGCUACCUGACGGGUUGAAGUAUAUAACUUGCUUGAAGGAACUGAAGAUUCAAAGAAUGAACAAGGAGUGGACGAAGAAAUUGGAACCAGGUGGGGAACACUACUGCAGAGUCCAACACAUUCCUGAUGUUCAGUUUAUCAAUUGUGUGGGCGAAUAAGAAUAAUAAAGUCUACCAGGUGAGAAUCUUGACCUGAUAUGCUACCGAUUGUGUGUGAUGUGAUAAGUCGUUUUAUCUUGUGUGUUGAUGUAUAAUAUUCAAACAUAUCUUAUUUACGAACUUACGUUUGUAUGUUUCAUACUUGCAAACUCUCUCUUUCAUUCUAUUUAAGUUUGAUAUAAUAUUGUGAACCAUCUUUUCA